CCCCCCUCGACAUUUUCCCGGAAGUAAACCAAAAUAAAACCUCUCGAAAGGAUGUCUUUCCCCUCCUCUUUCGGUUCGCAGGUUUCCGCCAUCAUGGAUGUGUUGGCGAAAGCUGCAGUCACAGAAAUAACGAAGCUGGUGGAGGAGGGGAGUGUGGUGUUCAGGCUGGAGAUGUGUCGGAGGGACGGGGAGAUCCAGGAGCUCAAGAGAAGUUUAAAGCUCAUGGAGGUGGAGCUCUCUAAAGCCCAAGAAGCAGUCAACACCCGGGCAAUAAUAGAGGAGAAACAGGAGCCAACAGCAGCCGGGAACCAGGUCCCUCGAACAGAUGAACAAGAAAAUCAGGAAACAUGUAGAGUGUAUCUGGACCCGAAGUCUGCUCAUUCCCUGUGCGACCCGGGACACGUAACAGAGGAGAUCCACGACAUGAAGCCAGCGGUGAAACACGAGCCUGCAGAGGGACCCUCCGCCCAUGAAUCAACAGACAACUCUGUACCAGCACCCAUUUGCUUUGAGGCGCGAGAGCCAGAUGACAUGAUUUGGCCUCUUCCUGCUUGCAGCAUGUUUGAUAAAAGCUCUGUUGCUAUGCAGCAGAACAUGCAGAUUUCCCCCCCUGAAAGUGAGCAAUAUGCUGCUCACAGAAACACAGAAAGCUCCUAUAACUCGUCAUCAGCUGCAGCAGAGGACAUGGCAGGUGGUUCUUUAAACCUGCCCAUAAAAGUAGAGGUAGAGACUCGACCUAUGUGCAUGGGAAGUACGGCUGCUCAUAAUGAGCAGUUCACACAUGCUCCACAUCCUGCAUUCAGUCAGGAUCAGUGUUUGCAGUCUGCUUCACAACAUGCCGGGCCAUCACUAGCCCCGCCUCAUGCUCAGAGGUCCACAGCAGAUACAUUAGGAUCACACACAGAGGGUCACAUCCUCAAUAUAAACAACCAGAGAGCAAAAAGGCUCAUGAAUGUGUGGAGAACAAAUCAGAAACUGUUCAUCUGCUCGGUCUGCAACAGAGGUUUCCCUCGCAAGUCUCAGCUAGAGGUGCACAUGGCCUCCCACCAGGCUUUUAAACCCUACCGGUGCCUCGAAUGCGGGAAAUCUUUCACCCAGAAGACCCGGCUGAAGACGCACCAAAGCGUCCACACGGGGGAGAGGCCGUACAGCUGCAAGAUCUGCGGCAAGAUGUUUUCGAGGCAGGACAACUGCCUGAGACACGAGCGGUUCCACAGCGGGCUGAGGCCGUACAGCUGUGCACAGUGUGGUAAAAGCUUCACUGUGCUGGGUAACCUCAAAAUACAUCAAGAGAUUCAUCUGCAAGGAAGAUAGCGCUCAGAAGAGAGUUUACAUCAUGUACUUUGACAGAUUAAAUGCAUUUAAUACACGCAUAAAGUGUAAAUGUUGCAUUUAAGGGUGGUACACGCAUAAAGUGUAAAUGUUGCAAAUCAUGGGUGAGGAACAUUUCGAUGGUUUUAUUUCAGCAAUUGCUCUAAACAAUGUACUGCAUUUUGUGCUGACAUGAUGUUGCCCAACCUAACCUGAAAUUCAUAAUAGCCCAAACUCCCUCUGUGUCAUAGUAAAGGGAGUGUGGGUAAGUGCCUUUGUAAUAACUAUACUGUAGUAACUACUUGUGUUUUAAAUUAACAUAUAAUUUGAAUUCAUCUCAAGAUAGUAUUAGUUUUUUUCCCCUGCUGGAUUUUUACACUUUUAUACAUUUAAAAUGAUUCCCACACGUUCUUGAGAAUAUUGUGAGAUUUUUAAUUUGAGAGGAAAAUGUGACUCUGGGGUGUUUUUGAAAAUAGACACGGGUCAUUGAAAAUGCUUGAAUUUGUAUAUUUUUUGGAACGAUAAAAUGUUUUUCUUUCACUUGAUGUUAGUAUAAAGGCUUCCUCCCGCUGUCUGCAUGUGUCUCCUCGCAGUCACGUCACACACAUCUUCCUUAAAGAUGGACUUUACCUUAAUUUGUGUCUAAAACUAUGCAAUGUUGGGUGUGUAAAUUUGAUGGAAUUGGGCCUUAAAGGUACUUAAAAAGUCCUUUAGUUGGAUGAUUUAGAAGGUGUCUUAACCCUGAUAUAAAAUAAUAUCAAAUUCUUUAAAAAAAACCUUUAAAAUAAGUACUAAUAUGACGUUAUGUAUUAUAUGCCUGCUUAUUUUUCCAAACAUGUUUGAUUAUGUUACAUAUUUGUACCAUGAUGAAUGUAUUUAAUUUAUAUUUAAUUUACCUUUUUCUUAUCUUUGAUUUGAUAAUGACUUUUCGGUUAUGAGUUAAUAAACAUGGUUGAAUGAAAUAAUAUUCUAUUGGGAGAUAGAACAUGUCUUUAAUAAAUAAAGUAUGUCA